ACUGGUGUAACAUUAGAUAAUAUUCUUGAAGCCAUGAUUUAACAAAUUAAUAUCAAGAUACAAAAUAAUCUCUAGCUCAGUUUACAGGAAUCGCAAGUGGAAGCUGUCAAAUAUGUUCUCAUUAUUCUAGUAGUUUUAACCCUCAAAAUGAGCAAGAAUAACCCCGAAGACGAAUUAACUGAUGUAACUAACAAGAAAGCCGAAAUUGAUAGUAAUGCAGAAUCGCCAAGCAAGAAGACACCAAAAAGAAAUGCAGUGGAACCAAUGGACCCUGCUACAGUUGAAGAGGAAAAAACAUCACUACUGGACCAAAAAUCUGAGGACAAUAAACAUCAUGGGACCAUAGAUAUGGCCCAGAAUGGGGGACCCAUAAUGGGAAAUUCUCCCAGCUUUGACAUUAACAAAUAUGUUAAAGAUGAUAUUAAAUAUAUUGAUGAUGACACUGCUGAUAAAGAAUCAAAAAAUGAACAUGAAAAAAUUGCUGAACUUAAUGAGAAUGGAGCUGCAAUAGAUAAAACGGAUGAAAAUAAAAAUGUGCCUAACUCAAAUACUAAGUCUAAAGAUACUGUAGAUGCAGUAGUGUCUUUAGAUGAUGCUGGCUUUAAGACAAAUAAACGUCAACCGAGUGACGGAGAAUCGGGAACAGGAAGUGGGAUUGAUGUUACUGACUGGGACAAACUCAGCCAAUAUUCUUUAUUCAUGGCCAAAAGAGAUUUUAGAUAUUAUUUUCAACAUCCAUACAGCCGUAUUUUUGUAGCGUACCUUGUGACUUUUUGUAACUUUUUGAUCUAUGCUGAGGAUCCAGUCGCUCACAGCGUGAAGGAGUGUUACAUACCAGUGGUGGGAAACGUUGCCAGUUUUGUCAUCAGUAAAUAUCCGCCCAACGCUUGGAGUGUCUUAAAGGUCUUCUUGUGGCUCGCAGCAAUAAUAUGCGGAAUAUUUUUUGGAAAGUUUGUCGUCCACAAAAUUCUUUUUAGAAAACUUUUCCGUCUUCGAAUGUUCCAAGAAGAUCAAGGAUCAUGGAUGGUGAUGUUUUUCACAACCAUCAUGUUUUUAUACAUAUUUUCCUGGAUUUACAACGCCUUUCUCCUGAUUGGUGGAGAAUCAACGACACAAUACGCCAUAAGUGACUUACUGGGACUGAAGAAUUCUUGGUUUAUGAAAGCAGCUGCCUGUGGAACUUGGUGUGGAGACUUCUUCACAGCAUGGAUGGUGACGGAUAUAAUGCUGCAAGAAAAACUUUACCCCCAAUUUGCCAGACCAGUUCGCAGGUGGUGGAACCGUCGCUACAAUCGGAUCAUCAUGUUUUGGGUGUUUGUCGUCAGCCUUACUGUAAUUGUGGUCGUCAUCAUCUCCACGGAUAUCAUCCAAUGGGAUCGCAUCAAUCGUGACUUUGUCCCAUCCAAUGAGAUUUCUAGAUCCAUAUUAGCGUCAUUCAUUCUUCUCAUGGAUUUACUGAUUGUGAUGCAGGAUUGGGAUUUUCCACACUUCAUCAAUAGUUUUGAUAUAAAGCUACCUGGCUUGAAUACUGCGUCCAUCAACUUCAAAAUACCUAAGAUCUUUAACCCAGAAAAGUGGGAAGUCCAUAUAACAGGAAAGUGGUUUAACUAUGGUAUAAUAUUCAUAGUGAUGAUACUAGACUUGAACAUGUGGAAGAACCAGAUCUUCUACGUUCCCUAUGACUAUGGCCAGUACACAGAUGCAGAUUACCGCAUACAUACAGUCCUCGACACGGACCAACUGAUACAGUUCAACCAAACACAAAUCACAUAUGCCUGGCGAUCCAACAACACAAACCCACAGACCAAUAUGACUUACUUAGAUGAAGAUCGAGUCAUGUUCUCCAGGUUUUAUGACUUCAGUUAUUUAAUAACCGGAGUGGCAUUUAUACCCUCUUUUAUAGGUUUUAUUAUAUUUGGAGUUUUAAUUUGGAGAUUUGGACGAGAAAAACCAACAAAGAAAGACCCUUAUGCUGGAAGGAUGAAGAAACGUCCGAAAAGAAAAGGUUCGAGAUUUAAUAUUUUCGGAAGUUGGCGAAAGCAUACUGAAAAUCCUGAGAGCGACUCUGAAAGAAAUGUUCAGUUGAAAAGAAUGAGAAGCAAUGAUGAGGAUAGGGUAAAAGGAACAAAUAAUGUUACAUUUGAUGGCUUUGAUUAUGUAGAUUCUGGCAUAGCAACUGACACAGAUAAAACAAAUCACCCUGCCACCUAUGAAAUGGACUCUGAAUUAAAAUCAUCAGACAAAUCAGGAUCUUCUCAAGACAAUAACAAAGCAGAUAAAAAUCUUGAAAAUGACGUUAAGAAUCCUGAGUUAGAAUCAGAAGAUGACUCACAGCCAGGUGAUGUUAACAGUUCUGAAAGUAAACCUAGUUCGGAAAUGCCCAAAACAUCAAAGACACAAUCAGAAGCAAUGACUCCUAUAGAAAGUACAGAGAAAGAUAUUCAUGAAGGUACUUCAUCACCAGACUAUCUUAAUGGAGACGUAGGUGGGAAGGUUGGUCCUAACUUAGAAGAUGAUAAUAUUGAGCUUGAUAAGGUGAAAACUACAAAACAUGAGUCAAAUAAUCAGAUAAAUGACACUGAAAAUAAGAUUGAUGAGCCUAAUGAUAUUCUUAUAAAUGAUUUAAAAGAUUCUAAUGAUAAACCUACAGAAACCAUUAAAGACUCAGGAAUGAAAGAUAUGGACAAUAGAAAUGUUACAAAACAGGAUGAGACAAAAGAUACAAAUGAUUCGAACAUAAAUGACACAAAUAAAAAGAAUGUAUCUGAAAACCCCAUUAAUGAUCGUGAAUCUACUGAUGAGAAAAAUAUCUAAAACUGACAAAUCUAAAAAAUCUGAUGAGAAUGCAACAUUUAGUGAUAAGACAACUAAAGAAAACUAGAUGAACCAUGUACCAGAAACUAAAAGCUAAAUUAAAAGUGAAACAAUUUUUGAUCUGAUUCUACCUUUUAAUAUUAUAUCAUUGGCUUGUGUAUUGUGAAUACUCUAUAUUUUGUGUUGAAUCACAAAUGAGGCACCUUAUCCGUAGCUUAUGAGGCAAUAUUUCAUGUUAAGUAAAUAGCAUGUGUGACAUUUGUAAAAUGAGGUGUCAAGACUUUCAAUGACUUAAGGAUGCCCAUAUGCCUAUAAAUUAUAAUAACCAGCCAGAUAACCAACAUAGAAGCUUUAUAUAAAAUACAUGUAUAUAAAGGAUGCAUUUGAGGAGUGUAUGGGAAUAUUAUUAUAUGACUUGAUCACUCAAAUAAAAAUCAAGAUACAAGGGCUAAGGAAAAUAAACUAUAUGUUUAACAUAUCCUGUCACAUCAUUUAAACAGUAUAAAAAUUAAUAUGAGAGGCUCCACGCCGCCUUGGUAAAAAAAAAUUGUGACAUUUAUUUUGAUAGGAACAUUAUAUGCACUUUUUUACAUAACAGUCCAAUUUUGGGGAAAAUGAAUGAUGCAACCUCACUCUUCUACGAGAACAAUGUGAGGCUAAACCAAGAAUUUAAUACUCUGGCCUAGUAAUAUUCCACCUUCAUGGCUUUCUUAAGACACUCACUGUGUAUAUUUUUGUAAGAACAUUCUUUAUUUUAACAAGAUCUAUUGCCAAAUCAUACUGCAUUUAGUUCAUUGCAAACCUUCCGAAACAAGAUAUUGCCAGAAUUAUACUCCGAGGAGGUGAUUUCCCAGAGUUCAUAGAUGUCACUGUCUUGCAAGGAUCUCCUACUUUAAAAACUGGAGCCCUUUGCUAUCAAAAUUGAUGUUGGAAAAUUGAUAUUGUUUGGCGAUUAUUCAUGAUAAAGUUAGUGCAAUAAUAUCACUAUAAAUAUAGAUUAGCAUUGAAAAUCUUAUUUAGAAUAAAUUAUGACUUCGCUAGCCUAAGUUCACGACCACUUUGUAAAUAUUUUUUAAGCUGAGCAAAAAAUUGUUAGCAAUUGAAAAUAGUUUAUGAUAAUAUUUUUAUGUCAUGGGUGUGGCUAGAGACGAGGAAAAGAGGUAUUGUUGACUAAUGUUCUAAAACAUUUUUAAAAACAGUUUACAUAAAAUUAAUAUUAUUAAUAUUUGUUUAAUGAUCAUAUGUAUACCUAGAGACACCUUUCCAUAGUAUUGCCUUUAGCUCAAAAACCUCGCUCUUUUAGAUUUUGGCUGCACCCCUGUCAAUGUUGAUAUUAAUAUGUAUAUUAUACAGGUACAAACUGCAUGUUAAAAUGAUGUGUGAUAUUAUUACCAAAUGAUAUAGUCUAUAUAUAGUUUUGUAUGUACAAUGAUUGUAUUGGGUAAAUGUUACCAUGGCAUAGUGUAUAUUAUAUAUAUUUAAAUAUAUGUAGUGUAAA